GGGGAGGAACAUGGAUGAGAAGCUGCAAGCGCAUCAGGUUGACAUCGACCCGGAUUUUGAACCCCAGAGCCGGCCUCGCUCCUGCACCUGGCCGCUGCCUCACCCCGACUUCCCGGGAGAAGAGGACGAUGGAGCCGCGGCUGCCGGCGCUGCUGGUGGUGGCGGCGGUGGUGGAGGAGGCGGCGGCUCCAAGCACCCCUUGGCCGGCGGAACGGAAGGCGCCGAGAACGCCGGAGUGGCGUCGGAGCGCGGCAAAGCCGCCCCGGCGCUGCCUUCGCUGGGCGCGGACGUUGGACAGCUCCGCAAGGCGAAGACCUCGCGGCGCAACGCCUGGGGCAACCUCUCUUACGCGGAUCUCAUCACCAAAGCGAUCGAGAGCUCCCCGGAGAAGCGGCUCACCCUCUCGCAGAUCUACGACUGGAUGGUCAGAUACGUCCCUUAUUUUAAGGAUAAAGGAGACAGCAACAGUUCGGCUGGUUGGAAGAACUCGAUCCGGCACAACCUGUCUCUGCACACCCGCUUCAUCCGCGUGCAGAAUGAGGGCACGGGCAAGAGCUCCUGGUGGAUGCUGAACCCCGAAGGGGGCAAAACUGGCAAGACGCCCCGCAGGCGAGCUGUCUCCAUGGACAACAACAGCAAGUUCCUGCGGAUCAAGGGCAAAGCCAGCAAGAAAAAGCAGCUGCAGGCAGCCCAGGAGCGCGGAGAGGAGAGCCCGGUCAGCCAGCAGGCCAAGUGGUCGGAGAGCCCCAACUCCCACGCGAGCGAGGAGUACGACGCUUGGGCCGACUUCCGGACGCGGGCCAACUCCUCGGCCAGCACCUUGAGUGGGCGCCUCUCCCCCAUCAUAGCCAACCACGAGCCGGACGAGCUGGAAGAGGAUGACGGGACUCCGUCCUCCCCGCUGAUGUACCCCAGCCCGUCCAGCACCAUGUCCCCCUCCUUGAACGCCCGCUGCUCCGUGGAGAUGCCCCGGCUGACCGAUCUCACCGGCACCAUCAACCUGAACGAGAGCCUUGGUGAGAGCCUCCUGGAAGACCUGCAGGACAACUACAGCAUGAGCCCUGCCCAGCCGCUGCCCGCCGGGGGCCUCCGGCAGAGGAACUCCAGCUUCAGCUUCAACUCUAAGUGCUCUGCUGUGGGCGCUGGGGGAGGAGGAGGAGGAGGAGGUGGCGGUGGAGGAGGAGGAGGAGGAGGAGGGAGCACCUACUGUGGGACCAUCUACAGCCAGCCGGCCAUGAGCCUUAUGCGGCGCCUGCCCAUGCAGACCAUCCAGGAGAACAAGCAGGCCACCUUUGCUCCCAUGAACUCCUACCGCAAUGCCUCCUUGCAGGACCUGCUCUCCUCCAUCUCCUACGCCCACAAAGAGGGCGAGGCGCACAUGCCGCAAGCCAGCAGCAUGGGGCCACCCCGCGGCCACAGACAAAACCCCCUUGUGUGUGGCGGCGGGGGUGGCGGGGGUGGUGGAGAGAUAGGUCUUGUCCCCUACCCUCCCCACUCGUCAUCCCUCAUGAAGAGCAACGCGUUGUACCACCCGUCACCAGCCAGCCACCACCACCACCACCCAAUCAGCAACAGUGCCUUACCCUCUCCUAUCAGCCUUAUGAGCCUGCCCAAUGACUCUUGCAGCAUGGUGGCCAUGCCCCAUCACGGGCACAUCCAUUCCUACAUCAACAACCAAGGGGCGCACAUGAGUCUGCUAGACUCCUUGCAGGGACCCUACCCAGAAGCCAUGCACACCCCUGUUUUGGGCCAGGACAGAUUCCCAGCAGACUUGGACUUGGACAUGUUCAACGGUAGCUUGGAGUGCGACGUGGAGUCCAUCAUCCUCAACGACUUUAUGGACAGCGACGAGAUGGACUUCAACUUUGACUCAGCUCUUCCGCCGCAAAACGGCCUCAACAUGGCCACUUUGCCCAGCGCCCCGCAGCCCACCAAUCAGAGCUGGGUGCCAGGGUGAGACCUACUUCAGACAACUCUGACCCACCAGUCAGCAGGAUGAGAGGGUGGGGUGUGUGUGGAAACAAACUUUCUCCCCCGCCCUACUCCGCCUUUCUUAUUUUCUUUGCCUUCAUUUGUUCAGCCAGGCUAGAGCCAUCUGUUUAAACUUGACAACAACACUAAAUACACACAUACACACACACACACACACAAAUACACAAUGUAGGGUAAAAUGUUUUGAAAGGUACCGGCGACUACUCGCUUGUGCCAGGUGUAUCGUGCAGUAAGUCAGAUCUGUCUUUGAUGUGUGCAAUAGGCACAAGUUAGCCAUGGCAUUGCAGAGCUGCUGCCCGCCCACCCCCUUCCCUCCCCCCUUCCCUCCCCCUCCCUUCCUGGGCACCUGCACUAUUGCACAGAAAGAAGGAACUAGUGAUUUGUGGCUAGAAGAGUCAUCUGGGUCUCCACGGUGGCCUAGGUAGCCUCAGUGAAUUGACAGCUCUGGCUUUUCAUUCACCCCUUUCCUAAUUGUUUUCAGUACCGCUCAAAUCUAAUUGGACACCCUAGCUCCAUUUCCUGGCCUUUGCCCACCUGUGACACUCCUUUGGCAAAGGCCAGUAGCUUAGGAUCCCCUUACUUUUAUUAUGGUGGGGGACGGGGCUCUGCGCGGUCUUGAUAGAUAGCAGCACCAAGAGCUUCAGGGGAGAAGCUUGCAGCACUAAAGGCAGUUGUAACAUCAGUUUGCUCUGCUACCAUCCCUGCCCAGCUGUUCCCACCUGCAAUCACACUCAUGGCAUGGCUGGUGCAGAAGGGAGGGGCUCCCCCCAACCAUUGUAGAUCCAGCAACUGACAUUGUGGUUUCCAUAGCCCACUGUGCAAAGGGAAGCUGAUCUGAGCAGCGCCAGCUUUUUCACACACACCCCAACCCCAUGCUUGCAACAAGAAACAACAGGCAGUUGGGGGCAUGAAAUGUGUGUGCGUACAGCACAAGCAGAGGCAUGUGUGCUAGCAUGGGUUUGCUUCAGUGCGCAAGCACUGCACAACUUUUUGCACACAUGAGUGGCACUUACUGCUACGUUAAGAGCCAGCCACAGGUUUGGCAUGGCGACUGCUGUUGCUGCUGGCCUGGGAAACGGCCAGGGUAAGCAGGGAGGCAGGGAUGGGGAGCAAUGGCAACUAUUUAUUCUGGCGGUAUGCACCCUCUGGCCUGCGAAGGCUCGCCAUCGCCAAUGCUACCCUUGCUAGAUAUGCGCGGGACCUUGUAGCCUGUAAAGCGAGGAGGGCAGCUAUAGCAGGUAAAGAUUCAGGAAGUGGGGAGGAAGGUGCAAUAAACCAAGAUACACACAGACACAGGGGUGGAGAAGGAGGGCUAUUGGCAAAAAUCUGGAAUUUGACCAGCCCAAGAUCAUCUAGGCUAGGAGAGGUGAUGUGGCUUCCUAUGAAAGCUGUAGUCCGAAGGCUGAAAAUGAAGGAGCCCAAGACACCUCAAAGUAACUAGUUUUCUACUUAGGCAGCCCAUAGCAGGUUAGUGGUGGACAGAUGUUAGUGAUGAUUAGGGAAAACAGGUGAUGGGUGAAGCUAGAGUUUCUCCCCAGUGCGGAGCUCUUAAAAGUACUGGAGUGCCAUACAAAGUUCUGCUGGACAGCCAUAGGUUCUGUCUAUAUCAGCAUACUUUUUUUGCACAAAGUCAGGACCUAUCAAUUGGGCCAUCUGAAAUGUUCACCCUGUAACAAUAAGGAUAGGUGUCAGUAGCCUGCAGAGUUUGGAAAUGUGAUCAGUUUCUGAUAGCACCUCUAGUUGUAGCUAGGCA